CCGCGCAGAGUUCUCGCGCUCUCCAAUGGUCACCCGGCUGCGUAACGGCACGCACUUCGCCUACUUCUUUAUUCCCAAAUUAAGAAUAACAAACAACAACAACAACCUCUUUCUGUCGACAUCUUUCCUUUACUUUUCUCUUCUCCGGGUCGUUUCGAGUCGAGAUUAGACACAGAGAGAGAGAGAGAGAGAGAGCAGGCGUUUUGGACUUAAAUCAAGGCUAAUAUUCGCUGUUUCUGGCUAAGAGUGAAGAAAGAUAACACUCCUCUGGAUUUUCUGACGGAUUUCUUUCGCCCCUUUCCUGAGCGUCUUGGUUCCCAAGGCUUUGCAGUCUUCUUUCAGGAUAUGUAAUGUGACCAAGAGCAACAGGAAAGGGAAAUUCAGAGGAGUUUUAUCCUUUCGUCCCUCUGGCCGGAGCAGCUCAGCCGCCUCAUCCCCUUCAAACCGGUGGGCUGAAGUAUCCUUCACACCCUCGUGGGGGCAGAUGUAGUGUGAGAAGAGUGCAAGUCUAAAGGUUUAACACACCGUCAUGACACAAGCGUGACCCGAUCAGAAGAAGAGUCUCCGCUCUGGUUCUCCACCCUGGGAUGUAAAGUGCAGAAUGAACCUUUCAAACAGGUCUCAGGGGAGAAAAUGUUCCAUUGACCUUCACAACUGCAACCUCAAGAACAUAUUUCACUCCAACUCCAGUCUCUCACCAGGCCUCAGUUGACGAGGGAUCUUUUUAGCUCUUCAACCACAGGGACCACUGCUUGAGCUUAGAAAGGUUGUGAGAGGUGAAUAGGAGACUCGCAGCGUUUGUGCCAUCGAGGCUGCUGAAGCACACGUGCCAACCAUCACGAUGCCAACCCUGCUGCUGCUGCUGCUCGCCUCCUUACUGCUUCUCACACACGCCGAGACACCACCAAAGUUUUUAAGGACCCCCAGCGACCAAACGGGUGUGCAAGGCGGCGUCGCUUCCUUUGUUUGCCAGGCCUCGGGUGACCCGCGACCCAAAAUCGUUUGGAACAAGAAGGGGAAGAGAGUGAGCAACCAGAGAUUUGAGGUGAUAGAGUUUGACGAUGGCUCCGGCUCCGUCCUGAGAAUCCAGCCCUUGCGCACUCCUCGGGAUGAAGCCAUUUAUGAAUGCGUGGCCUCUAACAGUGUUGGAGAGAUUAGCGCCACCACGCGCCUCACUGUCUUACGUGAGGAUCAGCUUCCUUCUGGAUUCCCCACCAUAGACAUGGGUCCUCAGCUGAAGGUAGUGGAGCGAACUCGCACCGCCACCAUGCUGUGUGCCGCGAGCGGGAACCCAGACCCUGACAUCUCCUGGUUUAAAGAUUUCCUCCCUGUUAACACCAGCAACAACAAUGGCAGAAUCAAACAGCUCCGAUCAGAGUCUUUUGGUGGUACUCCAAUACGAGGAGCACUCCAGAUCGAACAGAGCGAGGAGUCUGACCAAGGAAAAUACGAGUGUGUCGCGACUAAUAACGACGGCACCCGCUACUCGGCUCCUGCAAACUUAUAUGUGCGAGAGCUGCGAGAAGUUCGCCGGGUUCCACCACGUUUCUCGAUACCGCCCACGGAUAGUGAGAUCAUGCCAGGGGGCAGUGUGAACAUCACCUGUGUGGCAGUGGGCUCACCCAUGCCCUAUGUCAAAUGGAUGCUGGGCUCGGAGGACUUGACCCCGGAGGACGACAUGCCCAUUGGGCGAAAUGUCCUGGAGCUCACCAAUGUUUACCAGUCAGCCAACUACACUUGCGUAGCCAUGUCCACACUGGGUGUCAUCGAAGCCGUGGCACAGAUUACAGUCAAAGCUCUACCCAAGCCACCAGGUGUUCCUGUGGUAACAGAACGCACAGCAACCAGCAUCACCCUCACUUGGGACUCUGGGAACCCGGAGCCAGUUUCCUAUUACAUCAUUCAACACAAGUCGAAAUAUUCAGAAGACUCCUAUAAAGAGAUCGAUGGUGUAGCUACCACUCGCUACAGUGUGGGUGGCCUGAGUCCAUACUCCGAUUAUGAAUUCCGUGUGGUUGCGGUGAACAACAUCGGUCGUGGACCCUCUAGCGAAGCAAUAGAGGCCAAAACCGCUGAGCAGGCACCCAGCACAGCUCCUCGCCAAGUCCGAGGCCGCAUGCUAAGCGCUACAACAGCUAUUAUACACUGGGAAGAACCUGAAGAGGCUAACGGUCAGAUCAUGGGCUACAGGGUGUACUACACCAUGGAUCCAAGCCAGCACGUCAAUCAGUGGGAGAAACAGAUUGUUCGGAAUGCUAACUUUCUAACUAUUCAGGGCUUGACGCCUAAUAAGACUUAUUAUAUCAAGGUUUUGGCAUACACAUCUGUAGGAGAUGGACCUCUUUCAUCUGACCUGCAGAUCAUAGCCAAGACUGGAGUUCCAUCUCAGCCGACAGACUUCAAAGCUGAAGCCAAAUCUGAGACGAGUAUCCUGUUGUCAUGGGUCGCUCCUCCACAGAGUGGACAGGACAGUCAAAUCACUGGAUACGAACUGCUUUACAAGAGAAAAGAUGAGAAGGAGGAGAAACGUGUGAGCUUCGAACCCACCACCACCUACCUCCUGAAGGAUCUGAGGCCCUUCACCACUUACACCUUCCAGCUGGCAGCCCGAAGCAGGCAUGGCACUGGUGCCUACACCAAUGAGAUCUCAGCAGAAACACCUCAGACACAACCCUCAGCCCCACCUCAGGAAGUUACAUGUUUUAGUUCUAGUUCCACAAGUAUCCUGGUAAGUUGGAAGCCACCUCCUGUGGAGCUGCAGAAUGGGAUCAUUACCAAAUACACCAUUCAGUAUGCUGCGACAGAGGGGGAAGACACCUCGUUACAGGAGAUCAAGGAAAUUCUACCCGAAAAGAGACAAUACCUUCUGGAAAACUUGGAAAAAUGGACGGAAUACCGCGUGACUGUUACGGCUCAUACAGAUGUUGGAGCAGGGCCGGAAAGCCUACCACAACUCAUCCGUACAGAGGAGGAUGUUCCCAGUGGCCCACCUCGUAAAGUUGAGGUGGAGGCUGUCAACUCCUCGUCUGUUAAAGUGCUGUGGCGAUCGCCGGUGCUCAACAGACAUCACGGGCAAAUUCGCGGCUACCAGGUGCAUUAUGUCAGGAUGCUUAAUGGGGAACCAGUGGGCCAUUCUGCCAUCAAGGACAUCUUGAUUGAUGAUGCUCAGUGGGAGUAUGAUGAUUCAACCGAAUAUGAAAUGAUCCUGACAGAUUUGCAGGCAGAGACCACUUAUUCAGUUACAGUGGCUGCCUAUACAACAAAAGGUGAUGGAGCUCGCAGUAAGCCCAAAGUGGUCACAACCAUGGGUGCAGUCCCGGAAAAGCCUCGGCUGAUGGUCAGUCCCACUAACAUGGGCACAGCUUUGCUUCAAUGGCACCCUCCCCCAAAUACACACGGGCCGCUCCAGGGCUACCGUCUCCGCUUUGGACGUAAAGAUGUCGAGCCCCUGACGGUCAUUGAGUUCUCAGAGCGGGAGAACCACUACACCACCAAAGAAAUUCACAAGGGAGCAUCCUAUAUUUUCCGACUCUCUGCUCGCAACAAGGUGGGCUUUGGUGAGGAAACGGUUAAAGAGAUCACAACCCCUGAGGACAAACCCUCCGGCUUCCCACAAGGGAUUAAAGCCGAAAGCGCCACCACAACUACCAUUCAGGUCACCUGGCAGCCCGUGCUACUGGCAGAGCGCAAUGGCAUUAUUGUCAAAUAUGCCCUUCAAUACAAAGACAUCAAUAGUCCUAGGAGUCCAUCUGAGCUUUUCAUCACUGCCCCCGAGUCCACCGUGAACCUGGAUGGUCUUAGAGCUGACACUACUUACGAUAUCAAAAUGUGUGCCUUCACCAGCAAGGGCCCUGGGCCUUAUAGCCCUAGCAUCCAGUUCAGAACUCAACCACUUGAUCAAGGUAGGAGGACCAAACCAGCUCUUCCAACACUCCCAGCAUCAACCUCCGAUCUACCAGCAGUGUUUGCAAAAAAUUUUCAUGUGAAAGCUGCCAUGAAGACCUCAGUGCUGCUUACAUGGGAGAUUCCGGACAACUACAAUCCCGCCCAACCGUUCACCAUUCUGUAUGAUAAUGGCCAGAGCGUAGAGGUGGAUGGGAAAUUGACCCAGAAGUUAAUCACGAAUCUGCAGCCAGAGACACAGUACUCUUUCCUCCUGACCAACCGGGGGAACAGCGCUGGCGGUCUGCAGCACCGCGUCUCCACCAUGACCGCCCCGGAUAUUCUUCGCACCAAACCAUACUUAAUCGGCAAGACCAACUCGGACGGCAUGGUCACUGUGGAACUGCCCUCCGUACAUACCACUGAGAAAGUCAAGGGAUACUACGUUGUGGUGGUUCCUCUAAAGAAACAGCGCCCCGGGAAGUUUAUCAAACCCUGGGACAGCCCAGACGAGAUGAACCUGGAGGAGCUUCUGAGAGAGAUCAACCGAACGAGUGGAGGUGUGCGUUUCCGAAGACAGGCUGAGCCUAAACCAUACAUCGCAGCGUUCUUCAAAGAACUGCCUACCGAGUUCACGCUCGGAGACAGCAAGAUGUACGGAGACUUCGAGAACAAGCAGCUACUCAACGGACAUGAAUACAUCUUCUUUGUUCUUGCCGUGCUGGAGAUCUCCGAAAAUACCAUGUACGCAACAAGUCCGUACUCUGACCCGGUGGUUUUGGCGGAUAUUGACCCCCAGCCUAUCAUCGAUGAAGAGGAAGGCCUAAUCUGGGUCGUGGGUCCUGUCCUGGCUGUCGUCUUCAUCAUCUGCAUAGUCAUCGCUAUUCUCCUGUACAAGAGGAAACGAGCCGAGUCAGAGGCUAGGAAAGGCAGUUUACCCAACAGUAAGGAAAUGCCGUCCCAUCAUCCCACUGAUCCAGUGGAGCUACGGCGCCUCAACUUCCAAACUCCCGGUUCCGGUGCCUCCGGUUACCCCAGUAACCUCCAUCUGUCAAGUAUGGCGAGCCACCCGCCGAUUCCCAUCAUGGAACUAGCCGACCACCUGGAGAGACUCAAAGCUAAUGACAACCUGAAGUUCUCACAGGAAUAUGAGUCUAUAGAUCCAGGCCAGCAGUUUACAUGGGAGCACUCGAACCUGGAGGUGAACAAAGCCAAGAACCGAUACGCCAAUGUCAUCGCCUACGACCACUCCAGAGUGCUGCUCUCCUCCAUCGACGGCAUUCCAGGGAGCGACUACAUCAACGCCAACUACAUCGACGGUUACAGAAAGCAGAACGCGUACAUCGCCACUCAGGGCUCGCUGCCCGAGACCUUCGGCGAUUUCUGGAGGAUGAUCUGGGAGCAGCGCAGCGCUAACAUCGUCAUGAUGACCAAGCUGGAGGAGCGCUCAAGGGUGAAGUGUGACCAGUACUGGCCCAACAGGGGGUCCGAAACAUACGGCCUGAUCCAGGUGACGCUGCUGGACACAGUGGAGCUGGCUACCUACUGCGUCAGGACCUUUGCACUUUAUAAAAGUGGCUGUAGUGAGAAACGGGAGGUGAGGCAGUUCCAGUUUACAGCGUGGCCUGAUCACGGGGUUCCUGAACACCCCACACCGUUCUUGGCCUUCCUGCGCAGGGUCAAAGCCUGUAACCCUCCAGACGCAGGGCCUAUGGUGGUGCACUGCAGCGCCGGCGUGGGUCGAACCGGCUGCUUCAUCGUGAUCGACGCCAUGUUGGAGCGGAUCAAGCACGAAAAGACGGUGGACAUUUACGGCCACGUGACGCUGAUGCGCGCCCAGAGGAACUACAUGGUGCAGACGGAGGACCAGUACGUGUUCAUCCACGAUGCCCUGCUGGAGGCCGUGACCUGCGGCAACACGGAGGUCCCCGCCCGCAACCUUUACGCCUACAUCCAGAAACUCACCCACAUCGAGACGGGAGAGAACGUCACGGGCAUGGAGCUGGAGUUUAAGCGUUUGGCCAACACGAAGGCUCACACGUCACGCUUCAUCAGUGCCAACCUGCCCUGCAACAAGUUCAAGAAUCGGCUGGUCAACAUCAUGCCAUACGAGUCGACACGAGUAUGUCUGCAGCCCAUCAGAGGCGUGGAGGGAUCUGAUUACAUCAACGCCAGCUUCAUCGAUGGCUACCGGCAGCAGAAGGCUUACAUUGCCACGCAGGGCCCUUUGGCUGAGACCACAGAAGAUUUCUGGAGGAUGCUGUGGGAGCACAACUCCACCAUUGUGGUGAUGCUCACUAAACUCCGAGAGAUGGGCAGGGAAAAAUGCCAUCAGUACUGGCCAGCGGAGCGCUCUGCUCGGUAUCAGUACUUCGUGGUGGACCCCAUGGCCGAGUACAACAUGCCUCAGUACAUCCUACGAGAGUUUAAAGUCACCGACGCCAGGGACGGUCAGUCCCGGACGGUGCGGCAGUUCCAGUUCACCGACUGGCCCGAGCAGGGCGUGCCCAAAUCAGGAGAGGGUUUCAUCGACUUCAUCGGCCAAGUGCACAAAACAAAGGAGCAGUUCGGCCAGGAUGGACCAAUCACAGUGCACUGCAGCGCGGGUGUCGGGAGGACAGGAGUCUUCAUCACUCUCAGUAUCGUUCUGGAGAGGAUGAGGUAUGAGGGAGUAGUGGACAUCUUUCAGACGGUCAAGAUGCUGAGGACACAGAGACCAGCCAUGGUACAGACAGAGGAUCAAUACCAGUUCUGCUACCGCGCUGGUUUGGAGUAUCUGGGAAGCUUCGAUCACUAUGCAACGUAAGAGUCCGCUUCACCCCCGAGGAGCGCCGAAGGCCGUCCAGAGGUCACUUCUUCUGAGCCAUAAAAUUCCUGCUUGUGAAAAGUACUUCUUAAAACUCCUAGUCCAAGACAUGAUUCGUUUGUUGGGUGUGGAAAAAAAAAAUAAAAAAUAAAAAUAACAAAAAAAUAAAAUAAAAUAAAAUAAAAAAGCAAAACAAAACACAAACAUAUGAAAUACCAGGUGGACCAAGAACAACCCCCCCCCCCCCUUUCCCUCCAAAGUCCAAUAACUUCCCACUCCCGACUCGCAGACGUGUAUCCGGACUUCUGAAGCGUCACGCCGUUUCCAGGAUACGUCUCGGAUUGAUGAACGCAAACAAAAAAAAAAAAAAAAGAAACAAAUCCAGACAGCAACAAGGUACUGCAUUAAAACGAACACGUCGUGGUGGACCGCGUUGUAAAGAGACAAACGAUUACGAGGAGGGACAUCUCAUCUCAUCGACGAAGAGAAUCGAUCGGUGAAGAAAAAAAAAAGAAAUAAAGAAACACACAAACGGACGUAUGUAAUAGUAAUAAUAAAAAACCCCUAUCUUGUCCCAAUGUUCGUCCUUCAGUUAGGGGGAGUGUACAAACACCAGACGAAUAAAGAAGUUAUUGAUUUAGUUUUUUAGUACUUUAUUACUCGACUGAGCGGUAAUUCAUUUUGAAACUAUGUGAAUUUUAUUUUAUUUUAUUUUUUUAAAAAACAGGUAAUCACUCAACGUUAGUCCAACCCGAGUAUUAUCUCACUCUCUUUCCAUUCAUGUUAUUAUAUAUAUAUUUUUUUUUUUAAAAAACUGUUUUAUUGUAUACACGUAUACCUGUACAUCUGUUGUUUGUUUGUUUGUUUUUUUUUUCAUUUUUUAUUUUUCCCUCCUUCUCGAUUUUCUUUGUUUUUUUGUUCUUAUCGUUGUUGUUUUUGUCAUAUAUAUGGCACUUGCUGUGGUCCUGUAUUAACUCUGACCGAAUGGUAGACUUUGAUACAGGGUCUUAACUGUCCAUGGUCACAUACACAACCGUCUCUAUUUCGUACUUUUCGGGGAAUCCGUGGAAUCAAAAGGGGAGGCACAGUAUGAAGUUGCUGCUACAGAAUAUCUUAGUUCUUCCAUGUUUAACAGACGAGCCUCCAAAACGUGAGAGACAGAGAGAGAGAGGAAAAUAUAUAGAAAUUAUAAAUAUAUAUAGAUAUAUAGAUAUAUAAUUAAAUCAGCAGCUCAUAUAUAUAUAUAUAUAUAUAUAUAUAUAUAUAUAUAUAUAUAUAUAUAUAUAUAUAUAUAUAUAUAUAUAAUUAAAUCAGCAGCUCAUAUAUAUAUAUAUAUAUGUAUAGUGUAUAUAUAAUAUUGAAAUAUUUAUUAGAGAAUUAUUAAUUAUGUACAAAAAUAUAUCAUAUAUAUAUAAACAAGAGAGAUAAAAUGCUACAUGAAAGUUUCCACAAUGAGAUUUUGUCCUUUUUUGAAGGGGAAAUGAAGAGAUCGUUCACUGGAAUGCACAUCGGUAGGUAAAAAUAAAUCGUAUUUCAAUUCAGUGCAUCUUUUCUCGUGCAAUAAAUAGGUGUAUUAUAGAUUCUUCGGGAUCGGGACAGGGACAGGAAGCGGUGUGAAGUCGUGAUGCCUGAGCGCGUUUCAUGUACACUUCUCCCGUCAAGAUCGAAGGUCAAGCGUGGCGAAGCGGCGCCACGGUCAUCUCAUUAUAUAUAGGGCAAGGUACAAAGACAUCAUGGUAUUUUUCUUUUUUGUUUUUCUUUUUAAUUUUCGUUUUUGCAUUUAGAGUGCCUUAUAUUUAUGCCUGUUCUCUUUUUUAUGAAUACUAUUCAUUUUACCAUGUACUGUUUUGAGUAGUCCAGUAUUUAUCUACAUAUUAUCACUCAUUUUAAUUUCCAUUAUAUAAGAUUAUAUAUAUAUAUAUAUAUAUAUAUAUAUAUAUAUAUAUAUAUAUAUAUAUAUAUAUAUCUAUCUAUAUGCAAAUAAUGUCCAUCCGUCCUGUUUUAUUUUCUGAGGCCUUACUCCGGCUCAGUGAACGGACGAAUCGGAGGUGAAUUAGACGGUUGACUAUCCGUAUACUCCGCUUUACAGCUUAGUCGCAGCAGCAGGAAGUUAUACCGCGAGCUGUUCUGCUCUCGCUAGUUCUGUUUCUCUGAAGACAAAACCGUCACGGUGGAACGAUGCAAGAGUUUUUUUGUUUAUUUUUUCGCAGUUUCGGGACAGUCUCCAGAGAGAGGGUUGCACAGUGUACACCCGAACCAAAAGGGGAGCCUUUUUACGUCUUUUCAUCACAUAUAGGACAUCAUGAUCGAAAAUUUGGUAACUAGAACAAAUAAAUCAAACAAAAUGAUGGUUUUGUUUUGAAAAAAAAGUGGUCAGUGGUAAGGAAUGGGGUUAGUGCUCAUAACUUUCCUAACCUGAGUCCUGUGAGAUAGAGUGCGCUAGCUUCGUUAAUCUCGACAAUCUUGUAAAAAUUACUAAGCGACGGACCUGCGACGAUCUUUUCUCGUGUAACAUAGAGGACGUGAUAAUCGAGACUUUACGCUGGGGUUUAUUUUUGUUUCGGGCUUGUGGAUGUGCAUUCCAGGUGCUUUCUUUCCCUUGUCUCAUUUCAACCAUUUUGUUUUGUUUUUGAAAUCUUUCGCAUUGUCGUGACAGCCACCAAGCUACAAAGUGCUAUUAUUUUAGCUUUACAUCCACGUCAGCGCCACCUAGUGAUCAUCAAGAAGUAUUUUCACAAAAUUUCACUGAUGUCUGUGUUCAACAGGGAGGUUUGGGGUUUUUUUUUUUUGUUGUCGUUGUUGUUGUUGUUGUUCUUUUUUUAUUUUUGUUCCAUCUUCAACCUUAUUUGAAUAUGCAUGGGAAGCUUCGCAGAUGGCCGAUGGAGGCCUGGUAGGAAGAAUUGCACUUUCUCUAUCUUUGUACUAUGCACUGCCCUAUUGAUUCUAUACCCAAUAAUGUAUUACUUGAAAGCAUCUGUAAGAAUUCUCCUUCAGCAUUCAUGUUGUGUGUAUGUAAAUAACACAAACUGGUGGGGAGGGAGGGGGGGGGGUGAGGUGUCAAAAUUUAACAAAUGUCUGUGGCAAAAAAAAAAAAUAAUAAUGCCAUCCUUUCUGGUGCCAUGGGAUCUUCAGCAGGAGAUUUGAUUUUUUAUUCUUUUUGGUUUUGUCCCCUUCAUAAGUUUCGUGGCUUUGCCAUUCAAGACCAGAGUGUCAUAGCAGAAAUCAACAUGGUGUUCUCUGCUCUCUCUCUCUCUCUCUCUCUCUAUCUCUGUCUCUAUCGAUCUGUCUGUCUAUCUCACGUCUGGAUGCAUAGAUUGAAAUUAUUGAAUUCAACUGUAAAAGAAAAAAAAAGAAAAAAUGGCUUGUUAAAAAGAAUCAUAAAAAAAAAUUACCUCUGAUUAGUUGUAAGCGUAAUUUUUGUUUCUUUCUUUUUUUUUUAUUUUUAUUUUUGUUGUUUCUAUUUUUUCUCUCUCUCUGAAUGAAUGGAGUGCUUUUUAUUUUCUUACUUAGGUUCUAUCGGUGGCGGAAGACGUCUGUAUGACGAGCAGGUCUUUGCUGACUCAAGGUCCAUUUGUUAUAAAUGAAAUUCUAUUAAAAAAUGUAAGUGUUAUGAAA